GCACGCAUUUAUAUGAAUCAGUCUUGAUUCGUAUUUUACAUUGCUCAAGAAUUGUACAAUUUUCUUAGCAAAUUUUAAUAACGUUAAAAUAAUUUUAUCUUGGAAAUGGCUUGGAAGGUAUUUUUUAUAAUUUUUACUUCUGCAUUUAUGGUGGCAUAUGUUGCAUCAGAAAUACCCUCUUAUAUUCAUACAUGCGGCCGCAAAGAUCCAAAUAUUGACAAUUGCAUCGUAAGCAGUAUUAACGAUUUAAGGGAUAAUAUAUGCAAAGGAAUGCCAGAAUUACAUAGUCCACCAUUUGAACCAUUUUUUCUUGAUAGUAUAGCUAUUUCUGACACAGAUAACGCUAAAUUGUUCCUCAAAAAUUCAAAAAUAACGGGGCUUUGCGAUUUUGUUAUAAAUUCUUUCCAUUUAGAUCUUGAUAAGCUCCGUUUUGAUUUUGAUGUGGAAUUCAAAAAAGUUUAUUUAAACGGCACGUAUGAUUUUGAUAUACAUGUAUUGGUACCUUUUGUUCAUCAGGGACCGGUUUAUUUAAGUUCAGAUAACGUAAAAGCAAAAGCUUCAGUAGACAUAAAAAUGGUAACCAAAAAUGAUAAAAAGUACAUAUAUAUAUCAAAAAUGAAUUUAAAUCUGAUUUUAAAUGAAUUGAAAAUUAAGUUUGAUUCGAAUGGAAACGAAUCAGCUCAAUUAAAUGAAAUUAUUAGCACCUUCGUAGGCAGCAAUGAAGAAGAAUUUAUUGCUAGAGUUAAACCGUCACUUGAAGCGGACAUCACUAAACAAGUACUUUUGAUUGCCAAUACUAUACUUAAACAUUUUACUUUCGACGAACUUUUCCCUGAUCGAGCAUAAAUUGUUGGACCAUUAAAAUUUAUUAUUAUAAAAUUGCUUUAUAUAUUUGCAAUUUAAUUAAUAAAUAAUUGAAACAUGUCCUCUUACAAUAUUUUGGCAAUCAGUAACAAAUUUUAUUUUUAUUAAUAAUAGAUACAAACAAACAUUUUAAAAUUAUUAAUUGAUUACUUGUAAAUACGGAAUAACAGUAAAUCCGGAAUAGUUAGUCAAUUAAAGAUAUUUUAUUUAUUAUUUUAUUUUAUUUAUUAAAAAAAAUAAGGGUUUUGUGUAAAAUAUACUUGAUAUAACAGUUAUUGAAUUAUCAAUCUAAUAGAGUUACAACACAUUUUAUUAUGCAACUUGUAAUAACAUUUUAUUUAAACUUUUGUUAAUUUUAUAAUUACUCAUAUAUUAAUGGAAAACUGCAAUAGUUAUUCUCGCAUAUUAAAUAAGUGCUUCAUUUUAAUAAAAAAUUAAAGAGAAGAGAGAAGGAGGUUAUAAACCACCAUUUAUUUUAUUUAAAUAAUUUAAUAAAAAUUUGUGUGACACAAUUCUUGUUGGUGUAAAUUUGUUACCCAUAGAGUUCUACCAAUCAUAUUAUAAGCAGAAGUUCUUUGAAUAUA